AUGGUCAUUCCAGAAGAAGAAGAUAUUCCACUUGCGCUGCCUUCGGCUUGGCGUAUCGCCUUCUAGUGUGGUUCUCACCAGGACAGCGACAACCGCGAGACACCAUGCUGGCUCCCGCAUCGAAUCAAAGAGGACUAGUAUGGAGGGACCCUCCGAUGAACAGCCCGCCGCACAGCCCCGCCAGGACCAGCCCCGAACCAGCUCAGAUCGCGCCCGGAGUACCACCGGAUGCUACUCAAGUCAUAGCUCCACAAGGUCCUACGACUUCACAAGGACUUCCGGGCUACGUGUAUAGCUACUACCCCAGUUCAGUCCAGCCCGCCGCCCGUGUCCAAUUUCCCGCUCACUUGCUAUCCCCUCUUUCACCCGCAACGACUGACCAAGUGCUGUCGCGCUCCACUAUCCAAUCCGCGCCUACAGACCAGCUUGCAACGACCGUACAAGGCACAGAACUCUCGGGUUCCAAACUUUCUCGGCAAAACAUUACAUUUUCUCCGGGAACCGAGUUCUCGCCUCCAACUCGAAGUUUAAUGACAGGAACGUCAACUGCUGGUGCAAGCGCAGGGACAACGCUUGAUUCUACUGCGUUUAGAACCACGGUAACAUCUGGGGCCAUAACAUCGCCUACAUCGGCGACAGACCCUCUGGUGAGGGCUGGUCAACCGGAAGAGGAUAUAGUGCUUGUCCCAGAAUCCCGUGAGAAGAUGGUAGUCCUGCUGAUGAGCUUGAUUCUCGCGCUCAUCAGUGCUACCCUUUUCACGAUGCUCUUCAAGAUCAUCACUCAGAGAGCGGAAGGAGGAGGCGUAGGUCUUACCGGAAGAAGAAGAAAACAUAAAGGUUCUUCGUUGCCUCGUGCCCGGUGCUGAGAAUUCUGCCCGUGGCCCAGCUUUCAUCCCACUUCCUUUGUGCUGCAACUGGAACGAACCAUCGCUGUGAACUGAGCUUUGAACCUCCACUGUCUAAUGUCCACCACAGGCUCCAGUCAGCCCUCUUCAGAGAGAGUGGGCCGCUCAUCUGAACAUCAUGGGAGUAGCGUCCACAGCGGUCGGAGCGGCAGCGUUCUUGAGUCUGUCCCAAGCGAUGUUCAACGAGCUGACAGCCAGCAGCCAAGCGGACAAGUUGGUGGUGAUGUUACAGAAGGUCAAUCGGUACUUCCCACUCCUGCAGCCAUGUCUAGCACCACCCAAGCGAUCAGCGCGUCAGGCUUUGGCACCACCAUUGAUCCCACAACAGCUACCUCGCAUGCUACCGAAAGCGAGAUUCAAGGGGACCAUGAAUGGGGGUCGGCCAUGUUAGCGGAUCUGUGUCCUUAUCUUCAAGAUGUGGACUGGCGGACGUGGCUGUCCAGUCUUGGGGUCGCUGCUGUUGGCUUUGUCGUAUGCUUGCUUGUGUUCAUUAUCCUCUGCUAUGCAAGUCGAAGUCCCAGCGACGAGGCCGUCGAAACUGCUGGACGGAGAAGUAAGACAGGUAUCACUGCUCGUGACUGUGGCGGUCUUUGAAGUGCCUAGAGGUUAUUAUAGUGUCGGAAUUUGUGGUCUGGAAUUUGUUGCUUGUUCGUGUGAGGGUCGCGUUUGGGAAAUGGUUGGAUGCACAAUCUACGGUUCAAUGCACACGUACACAUUUGUUUUGUUGUCCGAUGUUUGUCUUGCGAGGAAUGAAUGGCAGAAUGUUUAGUAGUUUGCCUCGAGUGUAUUUACAGGAGUGUUUCAUGCUUUAACCGUAAGUAUGUAUCCGCAUUGCGGUAUUGCGUUCGCUCCGUACGUCACGUGGUGACAUUGCGGAGCCCUUACUUUUUUCUCUGUUUUGAUUUCUCACGUCUUACAGGACGUGCACUACUGUACAGUCAUGGAGCGAGGUUCCCAGUUUUCCAGCUUGACGGCCUUCACCUACGGUCUUCACCGUCAGCGGAUAUUCACCUUAACAGAUUUCAAUACAUUGAAUGCAAUAGA